GAUGUUCAUGGCCACCUUGCCUCAAACUGUAUGGUAUGAAACAUUAAUAUUAGCUAUGUCACUCCAAUUUAAACGUCAUGGAAAAUGAAAUUAAAAUCCCCGUGUAACAUGUUGUUACUUCCUCUCUUUCUAUAUUAUAUAUAUAUACCUCAACAUUGAAAAAAGGAAAAGGGUCAUUUUGACUGCAGAAAAAAAACACCAACAGAAAUAAACUGAAGCAAAGUUAGCAAAUAGCUAACGAUUUUAACUGAGGUAUUAUAAUUGAUAAAACGUUUUCUUGUUAUUGCUGUGGUGGUGAGGAUGGAGGGUGGAGGUAGUUUCAGGAUUAGUAGUUCAUCAAUUUGGAGGAGCAGUGAUGCAGCUGAGAUUUUUUCAAAUUCUUUUCACCAAGAAGAUGAUGAAGAAGCUCUUAAGUGGGCUGCAAUUCAGAAUCUUCCUACUUUUGCGCGUUUGAGGAAAGGUUUGCUCACUUCACUUCAAGGGGAAGCCGUUGAGAUUGAUAUUGAGAAGCUUGGGCUGCAAGAAAGAAAAGAUUUGCUUGAAAGACUUGUUAGACUUGCUGAAGAGGACAAUGAGAAGUUUCUGCUCAAACUUAAGGAUCGAAUGGACAGAGUUGGAGUUGAUCUUCCUACAAUAGAAGUUCGAUUCGAACACCUGAAUAUCGAAGCAGAAGCUCGUGUAGGAAGCAGAUCUUUGCCUACCUUCACUAACUUCAUGGUUAAUAUAGUAGAGGGCCUAUUGAACUCUCUUCAUGUACUUCCAAGUAGAAAACAACAUCUAAAUAUUCUCAGGGAUGUUAGUGGAAUAUUAAAGCCUUCAAGAAUGACGUUGCUUUUAGGUCCUCCAAGUUCUGGAAAAACCACACUCCUAUUGGCUUUGGCCGGAAAACUUGAUCCAAAAUUGAAGUUUUCUGGAAGGGUAACUUAUAAUGGUCAUGAGAUGAGUGAGUUUGUCCCCCAACGAACUGCUGCAUAUGUGGAUCAAAAUGAUCUUCACAUUGGAGAAAUGACAGUAAGAGAAACCUUGGCCUUCUCAGCACGAGUCCAAGGAGUUGGACCUCGUUAUGACUUGCUAGCAGAAUUGUCCAGAAGAGAAAAAGAUGCAAAUAUCAAGCCUGAUCCAGAUAUUGAUGUGUACAUGAAGGCUGUAGCAACUGAAGGCCAGAAGGCAAAUUUGAUAACAGAUUAUAUCCUAAGGGUUUUGGGGCUAGAGAUAUGUGCUGAUACUAUUGUAGGAAAUGCAAUGUUACGAGGUAUCUCUGGUGGACAAAAGAAACGCCUUACAACAGGAGAAAUGUUGGUUGGACCCACUAAAGCUCUAUUCAUGGACGAAAUAUCUACUGGUUUGGAUAGCUCAACAACUUUUCAAAUUGUGAAUUCAAUGAGGCAAGAUGUCCACAUUCUCAAUGGAACCGCCAUUAUCUCACUCCUGCAGCCACCACCAGAGACUUACAAUCUUUUUGACGACGUUAUUCUACUCUCUGAUAGUCGCAUUAUAUACCAAGGUCCCCGGGAACACGUACUUGAAUUUUUUGAAUCAAUCGGUUUUAAAUGUCCAGAUAGGAAAGGAGUGGCAGAUUUCUUGCAAGAAGUGACAUCAAGGAAAGACCAAGAGCAGUAUUGGGAUCACAAAGAUCAGCCUUAUAGAUUUGUCACAGCUGAAGAGUUUUCUGAGGCAUUUCAAUCAUUUCAUGUUGGCAGAAGACUUGGUGAUGAACUUGGUACUGAAUUUGACAAGUCUAAGAGCCACCCAGCUGCUUUGACAACCAAGAAAUAUGGAGUGGGAAAAUGGGAACUGUAUAAAGCUUGCUCAUCAAGAGAAUAUUUACUUAUGAAACGCAAUGCAUUUGUCUACAUCUUCAAGCUUUGCCAACUAGCUGUAAUGGCAAUGAUCGCCAUGACCCUCUUCCUCCGGACUGAAAUGCACAGAGAUUCAGUGACUCAUGGAGGUAUAUAUGUAGGUGCAUUGUUCUAUGGCGUUGUUGUGAUCAUGUUCAAUGGAAUGGCUGAACUUUCAAUGGUAGUUUCAAGACUUCCUGUUUUCUACAAGCAAAGGGGAUACCUAUUUUUCCCUGCAUGGGCAUAUGCUCUUCCUGGAUGGAUCCUAAAAAUUCCUUUGAUUUUUGCGGAAGUGGCUGUUUGGGUGUUCCUUACCUACUAUGUCAUUGGUUUUGAUCCAUAUAUUGAAAGAUUUUUCAGACAAUAUCUUAUUCUUGUACUAGUACACCAGAUGGCUACUGCAUUAUUCAGAUUCAUUGCAGCAGUAGGGAGGGACAUGACAGUGGCUCUAACAUUUGGAUCAUUUGCAAUUGCCAUCCUUUUCGCUAUGAGUGGUUUUGUCCUAUCAAAAGACAGUAUAAAAAAUGGGUGGAUAUGGGGAUUCUGGAUAUCACCUAUGAUGUAUGGACAAAAUGCCAUGGUAAAUAAUGAGUUCCUUGGGAAUAAAUGGAAACAUGUUCUGCCUAACUCAACUGAGCCGCUAGGAGUUGAAGUUUUGAAAUCUCGCGGAUUCUUCACUGAGUCAUACUGGUACUGGAUAGGUGUUGGUGCUUUGAUUGGAUAUACAUUACUUUUCAAUUUUGGCUAUAUGCUUGCCCUCACUUUCCUGAAUCCUCUUGGGAAGCAUCAAACUGUUAUACCAGAUGAUUCUCAAAGCAGUGAAAAAAUUGGUGGUAGCAGGGAAAGAAGUAAUGUAUUGAGAUUCAUAAAGGAUGGCUUUUCACAGAUCACAAAUAAAGUGAGAAACGGUGAAAGUAGAAGUGGAAGCAUCUCUCCUAUUAGACAAGAAAUAGUUGCCUCAGAAACAAAUCAUAGCAGGAAAAGGGGAAUGGUUCUUCCUUUUGAACCACAUUCUAUAACCUUUGAUGAAGUUACAUAUUCCGUAGACAUGCCACAGGAAAUGCGAAGAAACCUAGGUGUUGUUGAGGAUAAGUUGGUUCUUUUGAAGGGUGUAAGUGGAGCUUUCAGACCUGGUGUUCUCACUGCUCUAAUGGGUGUGACCGGUGCUGGCAAAACAACUCUGAUGGAUGUGCUUUCUGGUAGGAAAACCGGAGGAUAUAUUGGUGGGAACAUCACAAUUUCCGGCUUUCCAAAGAAGCAAGAAACCUUUGCAAGAAUUUCUGGGUACUGUGAGCAAAAUGAUAUCCACUCUCCUUAUGUUACUGUCUAUGAAUCUUUGCUCUAUUCAGCAUGGCUCCGGUUGUCCCCAGACAUCAAUGCUGAAACUAGAAAGAUGUUCGUUGAGGAAGUCAUGGAACUUGUGGAACUGAAACCACUGCAAAACGCAUUAGUAGGACUGCCUGGUGUUAAUGGUCUCUCGACGGAGCAGCGCAAACGGUUGACAAUUGCAGUUGAGUUGGUAGCUAAUCCUUCAAUAAUAUUCAUGGAUGAACCAACUUCUGGGCUAGAUGCAAGGGCUGCAGCUAUUGUGAUGAGAACAGUUAGGAACACAGUAAACACUGGAAGAACAGUUGUUUGUACUAUCCACCAGCCUAGCAUUGAUAUAUUUGAAUCUUUUGAUGAGCUUUUGCUACUUAAGCAAGGAGGGCAAGAGAUAUAUGUGGGGCCACUUGGACAUAAUUCUUCCAAUUUAAUCAAUUACUUUGAGGGGAUCCAUGGUGUUAGCAAGAUUAAAGACGGUUAUAAUCCAGCAACAUGGAUGUUGGAAGUCACAACUUCAUCAAAAGAAAGGGAAUUGGGGAUUGAUUUUGCAGAGGUGUACCAAAAUUCAGAGUUAUACAGGAGAAACAAAGCACUUAUCAAAGAAUUGAGUACUCCAGCACCUUGUUCGAAAGAUCUUUAUUUUGCUUCACAGUACUCGAGAUCCUUUUGGACACAAUGCAUGGCUUGCUUAUGGAAACAACAUUGGUCUUAUUGGCGCAAUCCUGAAUAUAAUGCCAUUAGAUUUCUGUACUCAACCGCAGUUGCUGUUUUGUUUGGAAGCAUGUUUUGGGACCUUGGCUCCAAAAUUGAAAAGGAACAAGAUCUUUUUAAUGCCAUGGGGUCCAUGUAUUCUGCUGUGAUCGUAAUUGGCAUCAAGAAUGCUAAUUCAGUGCAGCCAGUGGUUGCUGUCGAAAGAACGGUCUUUUAUAGAGAAAGAGCAGCCGGAAUGUAUUCAGCUUUUCCAUAUGCUUUUGCUCAGGUUGUAAUUGAGCUCCCAUAUGUUUUUGUACAAGCUGUAGUCUAUGGCAUUAUAGUGUAUGCUAUGAUUGGUUUUGAAUGGUCUGUGGUUAAAUUUCUUUGGUGCCUAUUCUUCUUGUUUUGCACCUUCCUCUACUUCACCUACUAUGGCUUGAUGUCAGUGGCCAUGACCCCAAACAAUCACAUAUCCAUUAUAGUUUCAUCUGCAUUCUACUCAAUAUGGAAUCUCUUCUCAGGAUUCAUAGUCCCAAGACCAAAUAUUCCAGUGUGGUGGAGAUGGUACAGUUGGGCAAAUCCAAUAGCGUGGAGUUUGUAUGGAUUGGUGGUUUCACAAUAUGGAGAUGAAAAGCACAACAUUGAAACCAGUGAUGGAAGACAAACAGUAGAAGGUUUUCUGAAAAACUACUUUGAUUUCAAGCAUGAUUUUCUAGGAGUGGUUGCUCUUGUUAAUGUUGCAUUUCCAAUAGGUUUUGCUUUGGUCUUUGCCAUAUCAAUCAAGAUGUUUAAUUUCCAAAGGCGCUAAGAACAUUCAAUUUCUUUUCCAUCUCAAGAUGAAAAACCCAACAACAAUGAUUGUAUUUUUUUUAUUUACCAAUUAAAUACUGUAUCGUGCUAGUGAUUAGAUAGUAAGUUAAAUAUGUAAUUUAUUUGUCCCGUAAUUACAACUCAGUUGGAGCUUGGGUUCGAACAUAUGAGAUUCUCCACUUAUAUAUCACAUUUCUAACUAUUCAAUAACAACAGUUAAAUUUCGGCAGUGUCA